UUUAAAGCAACGAAUGUCAAUUCUGACAUUGGAAGCGAUGGAGGUUUUAUUUUAUAGUUUAGCCUUCAUUGGCUUCGUGUUAGUCUCGGGCGUUAGCACAGGUUCAUAUUCAAGCAGCUUUGCUGAAUCGAGGGGCUCGUCGAAUUCCGAAGCUUACAGCUCAACGUACUCCUCCAGUUCAGACUACAUCAGCGAGGACAGCAAUUACAAGCCAUGCAAGCCAAAAUGCAAGAAGAAUGAAAAGGAAGUAUCGUGUAUUAACAGUGUAUGUGAAUACAGAAACUGCUCUGAUAUUGGAAAACCAAUAAAAUGCGUCAGACUGGAUCCAACGAAAUGUAUUAGAGGAUGUAUCUGUAAGAAUGAAUAUCUGAGAAAUGAUACUACAGGAAUAUGCAUUCCAAAGGAUCAUUGUCCAACUUACCAAUGCGGGCUUAACGAAAUUUAUGACACUUGCCUUCCAAUUUGUCCUCCGCCAAGAUGUGAUGUUGAUGAAAAGACAAUUCAGUGCCUACGUAAUCCAGAUCCAGGGGACCCAGCUUGCAAGGCCGGGUGCCGAUGCAUUGACAACUAUAAACAGAACGAAUCCGGUGUCUGCAUUCCAAAAGAAGAAUGUCCUGUAAUUCCAACUGAGAACUGUGGGCCUGAUGAAGAGUACGUUGAUUGUGCUAAUGGAGGCUGCGGCAGAUGGGAGUGUUCACAACAAGGUCAAGUUUGCGUCGACGUGGUAAAAGGUGGUUGUGUUGGAGGAUGUCGCUGUAAGGCACCUUUACUGCGUGCUGAAGAUGGAUCAUGCGUUCCUGCUGAUCAAUGUCCGGUUACUUGUAAUGGUCAAAAUGAAGUUGUCGAAUGUCAGACUACAUGUCCGGAAACAUGCGCAAGUAUUGGUAAAAACUGUACCGUUAAUGCAGAUAUAGCCUGUGUACGAGGGUGCCGUUGCAAGUCCGACUUUUAUAGAAACAAAAAUGGAGAAUGUGUACCAAAGGAAGAAUGCCCAACAGAAUGCGGCGUUAACGAAAUAUAUGACGUCUGUCCUGCAACUUGUCCUCCACCGAGAUGUGAUGUUGAUGAAAAGACGAUACUUUGCGCACCCAACCCGAAACCGGGCGAUUCAGCUUGUGAGCCCGGAUGCCGAUGCAUUGACAACUAUAAAAAGAACGAAACCGGCACUUGUAUUCCGAAAGAAGAAUGUCCAACAGAAUGCGGUGUUAACGAAAUAUAUGACGUCUGCCCUCCAACUUGCCCCCCACAGAGAUGUGAUGUUGACGAGCGGGUAAUUAGAUGUGCAAAAAAUCCAGAACCGGGCGAUGCUGCCUGCGAGCCCGGGUGCAGAUGCAUCGACAACUAUAAGAAGAAUGCAUCCGGCAUUUGUAUACCAAAACAAGAAUGUCCCGGUGUUGUAAGCUGUGGGCCAAAUGAGAUCCUUUCAAGCUGUGUAAAUGGUGGUUGUGGAAGAUGGAAUUGUUCUCAGACGGGUGUAAUUUGCUUCAAAAUACCUGAAAGUGAAUGUCGGGAAGGAUGCCACUGUAUUGACAAAUAUUUACGAGCUGACAAUGGAACUUGUAUUCCAGCGGAUCAAUGCCCACCUAUUUGUACUGGACAAAACGAAGCUGUCGGAUGUCGAACCGCCUGUCCAGAAACGUGCAGCAGUAUUGGUAAAAACUGCUCUAUCAUUGAACCAGCAGUGUGUAUACCUGCGUGUCGUUGUAAACCUGGCUUCUACAGAAACUCAGACGAUGUUUGCGUGCCAGAAAAACAAUGUCCAGCAACGCCAAUCGUGUGUAGGUCUGAUGAGGAAUACUUGGGCUGUGCUAAUGGAGGUUGUGGUAGAUGGGAAUGUUCACAAGGAGGUACAAUUUGUAUCGACUUGAUAGAAGGUGGAUGUAUCGGAGGAUGUCGCUGUAAAGAACCCUUACUACGCGCGGAAGACGGAUCAUGCAUUCCUGCCGAUCAAUGCCCUCCUAUUUGCUACGGUCAAAAUGAGGUUGUCGGGUGUCAAACUGCCUGUCCUGAAACUUGCUCAAUUAUAGAUACGAACUGUACUAUCAUUGAAGCAGCAGUUUGCAAACCUGCGUGUCGAUGCAAGUCUGGAUUCUAUAGAAAUAAAAUCGGGGAUUGUAUAUCCAAGGAACAAUGUUUGCAAUGUACCGGUCCAAACGAAUUCUUUUCUUGUGGAUCCGCUUGCGACAACGUCUGUUCCAAGUUGAGUACCGAAAACCAAACGAACUGUCCCAUCGUAAAUAUUGUCUGUAACCAGAAGUGUUACUGUGAGGAUAAUUACGCUCGUGAUGAUUACAAUAUUUGCAUACCCAUUGACGAAUGUCCUAAAGGUGGCGAAAAUGGAAUUAAGGAAUUUAACGAUGGAAACAUCGCUUUUACUGAAAAAUUCCUUCGAGUGGCCAGUAAAAUUAAUAAGGAAGUCAGUGCAGUAUACUCGCCAUUCAGUUUAUUGUUCCUGUUGGCACCAUUGGGUCUUUAUACUAAGGGGGAUUCGGAACAGCAAAUUUUCAAAGCACUUAAUUUGCCGAGCAGGAGUUUAAUCCGUUCUACGAUACCACUAUAUUUGGAUCAGUUUAAUUAUCAAAAAAAUGUGUCACUCGAUCUGGCUGCACGAGUAUACGUUAACGUUCAGUACAAAUUAACCAAAGCGUUUGAACAGGACACUAAGAAUCUUUUCAAAGCUAAAGCACAAAAUUUGGACUUCAGCAAGUCGGUACAAGCAGCAAAAACAAUAAAUGACUGGGUUGAACUUAUAACAAAGAAUUUGAUUAAAAACCUCGUGUCUCCCGAUAAUCUCAGUGUCGACACGCGUUUGGUUCUGGUGAAUGCUAUUUAUUUCCAGGGUGACUGGCAGUAUCCAUUUCAAAAAGAAAGAACACAAAAACAAAGUUUCUAUGUAAAUAAGAAUAAAAAUGUAACAGUUAAUAUGAUGAAUCAAAUUGGAUCGUUCAAAUAUGCUGAAAUAAAGAAAUCCAACAUUCAGGUAAUUGAAUUGCCGUAUGUAAACAGGAAUUUAUCAUUUGUGGUUUGUUUACCAAAAUCGAAGGACGGUAUAGAGGACUUAAUCAGUACCUUCGGAGACCCUUCAUUUUCAGUGCUAAAAUCAGCUAUUAAGAGCUUGAAGUAUAAAAGGGUGGAUGUUUCGAUACCAUCAAUGGAAGCAACUACCACUACUGAUUUAAGAGAUGUUCUAAGCCAGUUACAAGUGACAGGAAUAUUUUCACCUGAAAAGGCUAAUUUAGAUGGUAUAUUGGAAAAAUCGGAAAAAAUAUUUGUGUCAUCCGCUACUCAGAAAGCUACAAUCAUUGUGACUGAAACUGGUACAGAAGCAGCUGCAGCGAAUGCGAUUAUAGUUGGUGUAACAUCAGUAGUAGAACCCGUUGAAAUUAUUACAUUUUUAGCGGAUCAUCCUUACGCCUACUUCAUCUUAUACAAGGGAACACCAAUAUUCAGUGGAAUAUACAGGGGGCCUCAAUAAAAAAUACCCCCAUAAUUGGUGUCGUCGCUAUAAAAUUUCAUUUCAUUCUUGAAACAAUUAAAUUGAUCAAUCAAAUGUAUAACAAUAAUGUUUGAAAUAAAUUGUUUAUUUGGCUAA